AUGGCGGCCAAUGCAAUUAUCAUCCACGGACGAAUUAGUGUGAAGAAAGGAGGAAAAUUUGAUGUUGAUCCUCUAACUCUUUUGACUAUUUCUGUGCAGGCAUUGACAAGCAAGUUCGAUAAGCUCCAAACUGGAUCCUCUUCUGGUUCACGUGAAACUUGUCAAAUGUGUAAUGUACAAGAGCAACCACCAAAGGGGCAUAUAAAUGUCGUGACUUUGAGGAGUGGAAAGAAGUUGAAAGAUUCCCCUGUAAAGGAGCCAUCAAAGGAGGUUGUUAAAGAGGUAGUCAUAAAUGAGAAGGUGGUUGAUAGUAGCGUGAUUGAGGAAGAGCCAAAGGCAUCAACUCCACCACCACUUGCUCCAUAUGUGCCACAAGUUCCUUUCCCGCAAAGGUUGGCUCAAGCUAAGUUAGAAAAAAAGUAUGGAAAAUUUCUCGAUAAUCUGAAAAAGCUUCACAUCAACAUUCCAUUCUUAGAUGCAAUAUCCGAGAUGCCAUCUUAUGAAAUUUUUUUAAAGGAUAUGCUCUCUAACAUGAAGAAGCUAGACGAGAAUGCUACGGUUGCGUUGACUGCAGAGUGUAGUGCGAUUUUUCAAAACACAAUUCCUAAGAAAUUGGGCGAUUCAGGUAGCUACUCAAUUCUGGUGAAGCUUGGGGAUAUAGAGAUCAACAAGGAAUUAUAUGAUCUUGGGGCAAGUGUGAGUCUCAUGUCGCUCACUAUUUAG